GUGUGGGACGUGGGGUGUGGUGAUCUCGACGAGGGAGGAGGGUUGGAUAGUGGUGGCGUUUGCGCCUCGCCCGCUCACGCCUAUAAAAGCGCACCUCCUUGAGUGAGUGCGCCACUCACGAACCACUUACUCUCCUUCCCUUCUUCGAGACGACAAGACACCAUGGCCGCGAUGAGAGUGGCUAUUGUGGCCGUGGUCGUGAGCAGCCUUGUGGCGCUGUGCAGCGGCUUUUGCACAGCACGAGAACCCGUUGCUCACAUUGAAACUCAAGACGGAGUCCCGGUGCUCGUUUCCAGCGGCUGUUUGGACGAGCAUGACAAACCCCGCAAGGAGGGUGACGAGUGGCAGACCAGCGACUGCAUGAGAUGUUCCUGCUCCAGCGAGACUGUGACCUGCUGCAGCAUUGCGUUCCGGCCCGUAAUGGGCUUCCCUGCGAGUUGUGAGCCGAUCCUAGACACGAAGAAAUGCGUCUACACGGUGGUGAAGAAGAAGAACCAUAAAGUGAAGUGUCCCCUCUCGGGGCCUCAGGCGGCAGUGGGGUGAACACUGGGCCCGUCAGCCAGCCAGCUCUCCACAAUCCUCACCAACACCAACACCCAAUAACCACUCGCCAUCAAAACCACACACCCACCCGUCCCCCCCUCCCCACCAACACACACAUACCAUAACCGACUCCCAUUGACCAUUCACCAUGACCAUAGCACAUCAACCAACAAUACCACACCAUCAACACCACGCACCAUCGCCAGAUACCACCAGAUUAUCACAUGCUACCAUCACCAUCACAGCCACCCUACCAAGUGUUAGGCGGUGCCUCCCUUGGUGACCACCUCACCCGCAAUCGCCGUGUCCUAGAAUGUCCACGGCGCCUUUGUCCUCCGUUUACUGGGGCCCUUAAACUGCAAGAUCUGACGAUAAUUGCUUGGCACGGUGGUGUCUGUACGACAACCACCUCCUGCUUGUAUGGUUGGGAGCAGUCUCACAGAUGAUUAGCCGUUUACAAGCUGUAUGCCGCCCUACCCUACCGAAGCCCAUCGCUCUGAAUUCGGAAUGAUUCAUUAAGUGUAAGUUGGAAACGGAGGAUGAGGAGUAGGAGAGGUUCAUGCUCGAUUAUAUCAUAGGUUUAUUCCGCUAGUUUUGUUGUUGUUGCUACUCUAUUGCUUGUGUGUUUAUCGUUUGCCAAGAAUCACAAUCACAUUGCAUGUGCAGUACGAUUAGGAAUUUCAGAAGUAGGCACCGCUCCAGGUGCUGUGGUCGAAAGGUAGGGUUCUACUCUUGAAGGUCAGAAUAUCUGAAGUUGAUUUGAAAUGCUAUCGGAUGUUCUCCAGCCAUUAUGAGCAACAGCCAUGAUCGAUCCACUGCUGGAUGAAGGCCUCGCAAGCAGUAUCUCGUCAAGACACAAUUUAUGUUUCAUGCAUUUUAGGACAACCGUGUUUGCCAAGUAAAAUGCAGGGUCUUCCCAAACUCCCGUCAUAUGCCCUCUCAGGGUUUGUAAAUUCCAAGUUUACCAAUUGUCUCCGUUCAAAUACAAAUUAAGUCAUCACAUUCUGAACUCUCCGGAAGAUUGCUAAACGAUGAUUUAAAUAAAUAUCGAUAUCUUGUAUGUCCCAAGUGAUAGAGAGCGCACAUUAGAUGAAUCAUCGCUAUCGUUUGCACGGGACGUGUUUCACCAAUCAUCAGGCACGUGCAGUGUGUAAUGACUUCAUUUGUAUUUUUAACAUAGAAGACUGGUAAAAGGGGAAAGGUAAGGAGUGGAGUUUGUUCAUCCUUGUAAUAGUUGGGUUCCACAACAAUUUUGCUGCCUUCAAGAUAUUUAACCACGUGAUAUUCAUUUAUCCGUCCUUAGUCAACAUGUAUGCAUGUUAACGUAUGCUUUCCAAUGUUGGGUUUUUAAGAGGAUAUAUAAGCGUUUAUCCUCGGCUAUUAAAGUAUCACCAGCAAAGUG